AACCCCCCAUGGUUUCUAUGUUGUGUUAGGUCCUGCCUUCGUUCACGCCGCUACGGAGCUCACCCGUCGACUCCUCUCAUGGAAGGAUUGAAGACAAACUGCGUCUGCGCCUGCGUCUACUUUUUCUUGUGAGACGUCCUUCCCCCUCGAGCCUGUGCAACCUCGUCAAGUACAGCUGUCGGCCACUUCGCUGAGCAUAUGAAUUGCUUCAACUCACCAUUGCCGGCCUCUUCCUCCGCCCUCUUUUGUGUUCCGCUCCCACUCAGCUCGAGCGAUGGGGAACGACUUUAAACACCUGCUCAACCCAGUUGAUCAGCCAUCAACACAUUCCACCAUUGCCCACGAUAGUUUUUCCCAAUAUCUGCCCCUUCCUGCUACUUCUGUCGCUGCUGCUACGAUUGUUGCUGCCACGACUCCCUCUCGCCCGACCUCUUUCCACGAAACCCACCUACCAUCCUCUGGCAUCGCAUCUGGAGUAUUAUCGAGCAAAGAUUGCUUCGCUCCCAUUUCCGGGUCUUCUGAAUCUUGUGUGAACGAUCCUGCUGACAGACGAUAUAUCAACUCCACAGUCUCUGUCGAAAGCAGUUUGCUACGCAGUGGUGGUAGCCCUAACCGAGCCUACCCAGCGUCGUCUUCUGAACCUCACCUCAAUCAGUGGUCACAGCAGCAAUCAACGAGACACAAGAUUGUUCAACCCCAGAGUGAAACAUUCAACUUCCUAUCCUCAGAGGACUCUUCGGCUUCCAGGGCACCCACAUUCAGGACUGACAGCCAAUCAUCCGUGCACUCUAUACCCAACAGGGUUCAGCCCACAACACCACCGUCACCCUCUCCUUCUCCAUUGCCAUCUCAAAGGUCGAAAUUACCGCCUGAAAGUCCUCAGGCUUUUGCUUCCGCAACUUCAAUCGCAGGGCUUACUGGGCAAGCUCAGAACCUAGCCUCAAGGGAGCCCCGCAGCGUCCGAUUUGAAGAUCGCCCGAGGAACGGCCCGUCCUCUCCGAAUUACUCGCCGCGUUCUCACGUUGGUAUCGCCAAAGACGACGUCCGUGACCAGCAUCAAGUAGAUUGUUCUACUGCGGCAUUGGGGGAGUCUCGCCAAACCUCUGCUAUUACUGUUGAAGCUACGAGUCCCGCCCUCACGUCACCAAACGCUCCAUAUCACCCCGCCUCCCCACCUAAUAGUUUCUCUGUCACGAUGGGGCACCCGUCCGGGUCCGCUGCUACUGGUCUUUUUGAAGAGACAUCCAACAUCGAACAACAUGGAGCCAUUUCGCCAGCUCAGGUCUCUACCACCACCACUUGUCCAGAGUGCGCUGCCCUCGACAGUACUUACUAUACCAACCUUAGUUCAAGCGUAAGCAACCUCCAGCAGCAACAUAGUGUCAAGAAUACAUCCUCCAUCGAAGAGUUCUACAGAAGAGGAGAUCGCUUAUUGCAAGCAAUGAGGAAUGGAGGGAAGCAAACGUGCGAUGCAUGUCAACAACAGGCCCAGCGCCCGGUAGGUCAACGCAUAGGAAUAACCAUCGAUACGAGGGCACGUCAGCGGCGGAAGAGCAUUGCGAUGAGUGGGGAAUCUGAAGACAGAAUGCUCCAGAACAGAAAACGCAAGAGGCUAGCCGAUGGUGAUGUCGAUGGACAUCCUACCAGCCCCGGAAUUCGGAACUCGAGUCUCGAGCUGUCGCCCUCCCCGAAGUGUCAAUUCACGCCACCUCCAGAAGGAAGCGCCACAUCACCAAAUGUACAGUACGAAGUCAGGACUGUGGAUGGGCGAGAGCUGGAAGUGCCCGUCUUUGUAGGGAGUCAUGCAGCACGUGCAUUGAGCACACCCUCGCGGGCCAACCGAUCUAUCGCCGCCAUCGACAAUAGCCCCGAUAAUGAUAUAUACCGCGAUACCGAAAUGAAGAACGAGAAGGGAAAGCAGCGAAAAGACAGUGGCCCAGCUCCGAUACCCGAUGGCGUGUGAGAAGAUUCCGUCCCUCUGAUGGCAUUCACCUUUUCUCACCCUUUAUCCGACCACGUUCGUACCACUCAUUCGGCUUCUACUCAAGCGGUUCUCGUGCUGUUGACUGCUUCAGCAUUGUUGAGCCAGUCAUGGAUAGUCAUGGAUUCAGGAUUGUCUCCAGAUGCAGACACUAAAUGCUAGCGCAGAAAGAGAAGGACGCUGACCAUAGGUGCUUCUGGUUUCCA